AUGAUACAGAGAAAGGAUAAUAACUUAACACAAAGGAAACAAAAGAGGGAGAUUGAGGAGAUUGAGAAGAAGCUCAGAAAUGACAAACUAAGAAUGAUUUUAUUGGCCGAGAAAAGCCUAUCAGAGACACAGAUCGAAGAAAUGGUGAAUUUAUUUCUAGAAGAUGUGAAAAAUGGGACAUGGGAAACCAAAGGUUGGCCAGAGUUAUGGACAGACUAUGCCGUGUCAAAGCUUGCAUUGAAUGCAUACUCUAAGGUCUUGGCCAGGGAUUAUACAGGAAAGGGAAUAAGUGUGAAUUGUUAUUGCCCUGGAUUUACACAGACUGCUAUGACUGGUGGCAAGGGCAAGUACACGGCAGAAUGCGCUGCCGAGAUCGGAGUAAGGCUGGUUUUGUUACCACCAGAAGAGCUUCCAACAGGGAAGUUUUAUUUAGGGGCUAAUCCCCCAAACCUUUAUUCCAAGAUUUAAGAGUAUUAUCUAGUUUACUAAUAACAAUCCAAGACUCCUUGGGUGAAGUUUUAUGAUAUGUUAUUAUGAAUUUUUUUAAAGUUUAGUGUCUUGAAGAGUUGGACAAAUUGGGCCAAGAUAUUUAUAUGGUUGAGUUGGCGUAUUGUUGAAUGGUUUACAUGAUU